AUGACUUCUCAAUAUGAGCAUCAAAUCAAUUUUGCCAAUUACUCUACUUAUCAACAAAAUCCUCACUUCAACCUUCCCUCUCAAGCUUUGCAAGAAAUAUCCAACAACAUCCAACAACAUCAGCCGUUCCCUUUGCGAUGUAAUCAAGCAAGUCCUUUUAUGGAGCAAACACAACAUACGUCGUUCAAUUCAUCGUCAUUGUCGUCAUCCUCCCUUCAACAUCAGUCAAAGAAAGGACCACCAGUUGUUUUUGUGAAACCAUCGUUGCCGCCCAUUCGUCGUCAACCCGCUGCCGAAAAAGGAAUUCUUCAUGAGUUCUUCUGCAUGAAUUCUUCUACUUCUGAAGCAGCAAAGAGAGCUGAAAGAACAGUCUUACGUCAAGAAAAAAGUGCGCCAAGGGAUAAGCCCUAUUAUACGGAUAGAGUAAUAAAAUAUUCAUCAAUUGGACCAAUGAAGAUGACAACCCGUAUAAGGACAGCUCAUUUUCCUCGAAACUCCCAAACAUCAGCAGCUCCAUCACGCUGUGCUUCAUAA